GGAGAGGUUAUGCGUAGAACAGACAUCAUGUGACUAUUAGUGUUUUGGUACCCAUGCAGGCAGAAUAGUUCUCAGCAUCAGUCAAUACAAGGGAUGACAAGGGUUAUGGUAGUAUAUUGAGUCAGCUAUCAAAACAUGUGUUCCAUUGCCUGAACAGACGCCUUGGGUGGAUUACCGGGGCUGGGAUUGAGCCAUCACACAAACAAGGGCAGGAGGCUUGGUGUAGGGUGGAUUAUUUAUCAGGUGGGGGUCUAUACUCUCUGGAUAAUGCAUCAAAGCACCAAGCUUCGUUCUCUCAGCUUGAGCUGUCCGGAACGUUCUACCGAUGAUAUGGAUUCUGCAUUGGGGGGCCAAGAAACAGAAAAACUACCACGGCCAUGUGGGUCUAAUCUGGGGAGCCGAGGAAUCCGAACUCACCUUAGCUGCCUUUCACAGAAGUCAGACUCGCUAAGUGAUUUUUCAACUUUACAAAAUGAUGCCAAACACAGCCAGGCACUAAAACGACUGACUGCAGAAGAAGCCAGAAGAUGGGCUCGGUCAUUCGAUCUGCUCUUGUCUCAUAAAUAUGGUCGCUCUGCAUUUCGUGCCUUCCUACAAACUGAAUUCAGUGAGGAAAACCUGGAGUUCUGGAUUGCCUGUGAGGACUACAGGAAGACCCGCUCAAUGAACAAAUUGCCUGCAAAAGCCCGUCGUAUUUUUCAGGAAUACAUUGAUGUUCAAGCUCCUAGAGAGGUUAACAUAGAUUACCCAACCAGAGAAAUGACUAAACGAAACCUUCAGCAUCCAACUUUGUCUUGUUUCGACCUUGCCCAACUGAGAGUACGCAGCCUAAUGGAAAGGGAUUCCUACCCGAGGUUUCUACGCUCACAGAUCUAUAAUGACCUUCUUAGCCACACUCAGAAGAGCCCAUGUUAGUUGCGUGAGUGGCUGCAGAGACACAGAUGUCACUUUUCCAUCCUAAGAACACCGUCUUGCACUAUGGCCAGGAAGACUGAGAUGACUUAGUUAUGACUGCUUGAGACAAUACAGCAUCUUCACUGCCAAUGCCACACAUCUCAUCUUCGUCAUCAUCUGGCUAUCCUUAAGCUAUUUGUUAAUAUUAAGAGCAAAAGGUAAUCUACCCUACAAAAUAGAAGAUGGAGCGAAGAUCAAGUAGCUCAAAAAAUGGGCAUAUCACAUACAACUGAAGAAAAGGUCCAAAAUCCACCACUUGUUCUCAAUUUGUUCAUUCUGGUCAUUGCAGCAAAAUGUUAUUAACUGAACAUGCCACGUUGUGUAUCUGUAGUGUAUUUGUCUCAUUUGACUAUAAUGUCCCAGAGGAAUAGACUUUAAUGGACACAUCUACCAGGGCUUUUGUUGGAAAUUAGGUUUAAAAAAAUUUCUUCCGGUGUAAACAAUGGGGCCUCUGAGAAAAUCCUGUCUCUUAAAAGUGAAGCUAUAAGGAAUUUAAAUGUAUUUCUAAGAACAUUACGUUAGAGCAAGCGAUGAUCAAGUUACAACUAUCACAUUGAGGUAAAUGAAGAAACUUUCCUCCAGGUCAUUCAUUAUCCCAACCAGCUUGACGUGGUUAAAUUAAGAAAUCACUCAUCGUACGAGUGUGAUCUCCAAGGGAGUUACUUAUGGAAUCUUUAAUUUCUGAGGAAGAAAGCAACACUGGUGGUCAAUGCCACAUUACUGAAAAAAUAUCAGAGCCAAAAAUAUAUAAUGACACAUGAUUCUUCAAUAUUUGGAAGGCAAGGAGUUAUGCCUAAUCACAUUGCGUGCCAUGUUCUCAACCAGUGCCAAUCCAAGGCAUAAUACAGUACACAGUGCUUGGCGAGUCCUCAACCACCACAUGAAAGCUAUGCACACAGUUUAUUUUCUAAGAAAAAGAAAAUGUAAUUACAUUUUUUUUAAUUAUAUUUUUAUAUAAUGAGAUUAAAGGAGUAAGCGAGAAGAGGAGGGUUAUCAAAGCUUCCUCAGAUAAAUGGACGUCUUAAUGGUUAGCUCAAUAAUAUUAAUUUAGGGUGGGAUACUGAGGAGAAAUCAAUGGGAUUACUCAGUUAUGGUGCAUCAGCAUUUGACGUCUAUGAAUGAGAACUUUAGAUGUUUGAAUUCCUAGAACAGAUAAUAAUCAGAACCUAGUUAUUUUUCUUUUUAUUCAAAGAUACAAAUUGUCCUCGGUCAUACAAAGGGAUCUUAAAAUGAUAAAUGUGUGACUUGGCUAAGCACACUAUUUCCCUUUAUCCCCACAAACAUACAUAUUUACCUUAGGACUCCUUUUCUGCAUAUCUCUGGCCAUUGAAGAGAUUUCAACAUGCCCAAUCCUUCCUUUUCUAUCACGAGGUUAAAAGGCUUCUAUACCGAGUAGGUCAUCGACCAACUGUUGUCGGUAAAACAGUAAUGGCUAUAGUUUUAAUGGGAUGAUGUGAGUUGUGAAGUGUUCUGAAAACAUCAUAUUGUCUCCUACAAUCGACAUGGUAAAGUCUGUGAAAUCUACCCCAAAACAUGGUUUCAUAUACUGUAUAUUAACUGAUAGCAGUUUUUUCACUGUAUAUUGGAAGCAAACCCUGAUAUCUUAAAGUGUAAAUGUUGUUAUUUCAAGUAACUUUUCAGAAUGAGAUGUCGUGUAUACAUAAGGAGUAGCACUUUUUCUGGCCCUUGUAUAACCUACAGGUGUUCCUGAGCUAGUGGGUGUAGACUGUUAUGAGGUCUUCUGUAUACUGUAAACAUGAAAGACAUUAUAUACCAUAACUAUGCAGUGUAGGCUGUGAAUACAGCACUGAUACUCCCUAUAAGCCCAAUCAGUCUUUUUAUGUUGCAUUAUUUCCUUUUGUCUCUCUCCAGCCUCUCCCAUCUCCUUUCUCUCUUCUUCACUCCCCUCUCCAUAGACUUGGAUAGGCUGCUGUAACCUGAGACUUUGAUGAACUGAGAAGAUUUUAGGAGGGAGGAUGGGGACAAAAGGCAUCUGAUUUGUAGAGAAAAAAGAUAUACAUAAGAUACAUUACAAAAUUUCAACACCACUUAACAUUCACCUCAAUGAGGCUGAGCUGCAAUACCAGACAUAGACAAUGAACAAGACUGGAAUAAAAGAAGACCAGUGUUUUCCAAUCUCAUUGAAUCUUUCCAUGCCCCUUCACAUAGAUUCUUCUUCAUAGACCUGUAUAGAUGCAUCCUAUGCCUCCAGUUUAACGUACCGUAUAUUAGGACUUGUGGACACUCAUAGAACCUUAUUCUGUAUUUGCUGCUUUAAUUCUGUAAUAAUACAUCUCUUUACAUUGUAUGGUUACUAGUAACCUCAUUUUUAAUCUCCAUUGUCUUUAUAGUAGGAACUCAACAGUUUUACGUGUCUGUUUGCAUGUAGUGAGCACAAUCCAAAGGGAUAAAUAUACCUCAUAUUUUGCUUGUGCAAUAUAUAUUAUUCAAGGUGGCAUUCACACUUUUCUUUGCAGGAUCCUACUUAUUUUAGUGGAACUCAAAUGGUGCCAAAACCAUUUCUUUUACGGGAUUCAUUUGGUUUUUAUUACCUUUGAGGUCAAUUAAUGUAUUUAAAUAAACAAAUGGAAAUUGAUGCAAAAUUAUAUCAUGUGAAAAAAACAUUCUGCAAAAAAACUGUGAACCCAGCCUGGUGUGCUCUCCUUUAAGUUCAUGCAAUUGCAUAUGUUCUCUGGUUUAAAGCCAAAGUUGGCACAAAAAUGAAUGGCAGGCAUUUUGUAUGGGAGUCAAGAAAAGCAGGAAUGUGGAGACAAUCAUUGCUUGAGCCACUAUGCAGAAUCACUAGUAUUAGGCCUGAUUAAUGUCAAAUUUUAGCUGUGGUUUUAAAUGCCUUUAACAUCUCACACAAACAGAAAGAUAAGACAUACCUCCAAAAAGCUUUAGUUAGCUGCUACACCAAAAUUGGAGGAACACCCUAACUAAAUGUCAGUGUUUACUAAGAAUGAGAAAUGGUGUUGGGUGACCUCUUCUGACCAUCUGUGAUGACAUACUGUACAUACCAUAGACAUAGAGUCAACUCUAGCUUUUUUGCUGCAUUAUACAAAAACUAAAAUUGUGCCCUCUACUAUCAAUAACAAUUAUAAGUAAGAAAGUACACUGUAUACCUCUACAUAAUACAGUCAUGGCCGUAAAUGUUGGCAGCCCUUAAAUUUUUCAAAUAAAAUGGAGUAUUUCUCACAUAAAAAGGAUUGCAGUAACACAUGUUUUGCUAUACACAUGUUUAUUCCUUUUGUGUGUAUUGGAACUAAACCAAAAAAGGGAGGAAAAAAAGCAAAUUGGACAUAAUGUCACACCAAACUCCAAAAAUGGACUGGACAAAAUUUUUGGCACCCUUGCAAAAUUGUGGAAAAAUAAGAUUGUUUCAAGCAAGUGAUGCUCCUGUAAACUCACCUGGGGCAAGUAACAGGUGUGGUGAAAAUAAAAAUCACACCUGAAAGCAGAUAAAAAGGAGAGACGUUCACUUAGUCUUUGCAUUGUGUGUCUGUGUGUGCCAUGCUAAGCAUUGACAACAGAAAGAGGAGAAGAGAACUGUCUGAGGACUUGAGAACCAAAAUUGUGGAAAAAUAUCAACAAUCUCAAGGUUAUAAGUCCAUCUCCAGAGAUCUAGAUUUACCUCUGUCUACAGGGCCCAACAUUCUCAAGAAGUUUGCAACCCAUGGCACUGUAGCUAAUCUCCCUGGGCAUGGACGAAAGAGAAAAAUUGAUGAAAGGUGUCAACACAGGAUAGUCCGGAUGAUGGAUAAGCAGCCCCAAACAAGUUCCAAAGAUAUUCAAGCUGUCUUGCAGGCUCAGGGAGCAUCAGUGUCAGCGAGAACUAUCCGUUGACAUUUAAAUGAAAUAAAACGCUAUGGCAGGAGACCCAGGAGGACCUUACUGCUGACACAGAGACAUAAGAAAGCAAGACUACAUUUUGCCAACAUGAACUUGAGUAAGCCAAAAUCAUUCUGGGAAAACGUCUUGUGGAAAGAUAAGACCAAGAUAGAGCUUUUUGGUAAAGCACAUCAUUCUACUGUUUUCCGAAAACGGAAUGAGGCCUACAAAGAAAAGAACACAGCACCUACAGUGAAAUAUGGUGGAGGUUCAAUGAUGUUUUGGGGUUGUUUUGCUGCCUCUGGCACUGGGUGCCUUGAAUGUGUGCAAGGCAUCAUGAAAUCUGAGGAUUUCCACCAGAUUUUGGGUUGCACUGUACAGCCCAGUGUCAGAAAGCUGUGUUUGCAUCUGAGAUCUUGGGUCCUUCUAGCAGGACAAUGACCCCAAACAUAUGUCAAAAAGUGCCCAGAAAUGGAUGGCAACAAAGCGCUGGAGAGUUCUGAAGUGGCAGCAAUGAGUCCAGAUCUAAAUCCGAUUGAACACCUGUGGAGAGAUCUUAAAAUUGCUCUUGGUAAAAGGCACCCUUGCAAUAAGAGAGACCUGGAGCAGUUUGCAAAGAAAGAGUGGUCCAACGUUCCGGUUGAGAGGUGUAAGAAGCUUAUUGAUGGUUCUAGGAAGCGACUGAUUUCAGUUAUUUUUUCCAAAGGGUGUGCAACCAAAUAUUAAGUGAAGGGUGCCAAUAAUUUUGUCCAGCCCAUUUUUGUAAUUUCGUGUGACAUUAUGUCCAAUUUGUUUUUUUACCUCCCAUGUUUGGUUUAGUUCCAAUACACACAUAGGGAAUAAACAUGUGUACAGCAAAACAUGUUUUUCUGUGAGAAAUACUUAAUUUUCGUGAAAAAUUUCAGGGGUGCCAACAUGAUGCCCUACGGGGACUCUGAAACCCUCCGCCUGAGGCCAGAUACUUAUCUGGCCUCAUGGCAGAUAUAGUCGUGCUACUGGUUUCUAGGUGAUAAGACGCCCUGCCCUUAUUGCUCCAUCUGUUUGGUUUGGAGGGUAAGAACUAUGUCCUCUCCAAAGACAUGCAGGAAAUAGUAAGGUCAAUCUGUCCUGGGUGUCAGAGUUGGGAACCAUAUUGGGAUCCCAUCUUAAUUUUUGAGAGUUCCCUCUCUUGUCUGGUUUGCAACCUUUUUCCUGUUUGGAUCAUUCAGUUGCAUUGCAGUUGCAGUAAUCUCACCGUGUCCAAUUGUCAUCUUAUUGUCGAUUCAUAAAUGUUUUCUACACCCCAAGGUCAUAUGAAAAUAUCACCAAUAUAUACAGAUUAUCUGUAAUUCAAAAUGGGAAGAUCAGGGUAAGCUACAAACAAACAAACCAGUGUGGCACCAUUUCUCUCUUUAUAGCUGUAGGAUGAGACUGCACAGAGUUUGUUUAAAGUCUAUAACCAUGGAAAUGAAUAGGUGUGCAUAGGAGCUGUGUACACAAAACAGCCAGGUAGUUUUAAACAAGACUAAUUCAAGAUGCUGUAUAUUUAGUAUUAAAUACAAAAUAGAAAACAAAACAGAGGAAAAUAUUUGCACUCAAACCAGCUGACCGUACUUAGGACCAGGACAACACUACACUUGUUGAAAUAUCAGGAUUAGUUGUGGGAUGGCCGUAUACUGUCUGAUCAUUUUUCUGACUAUAGUUACAACAUAAGACAGAAUCCAGACAAGGCUACAUAUGCCAGGAAAAACUCACUUUCCUGGCUCUCUCUUGCUGCUUGCUUCUUGCUUGUUAUGUAUAGUCUUACCUGGCGGCAUUAGUAUGGUAACGUUUGUUAUGCUACCACAGCAGUAGAACAACCUGCUAUUGUUUCUGACUGUCUCAACUUCAACAGCUCCAUAAAUGUGCAGCAAACUGCUAGUCCCAUUAAUGUCACCAGGAGAAUAAAUCAAUUGUCAAUGGCCUGCUAUUGUAUAAAGAAUAUGCAGUGCUUGCCUUAGAGACUCCUAUUCUCCCUAAUAGCAAUGCACUCUGUAUUUCUCAUCUUGGUUAGAAUUGCUGUAGCUGAACAGGUUUCCCCAUCUGGAUAACACCUCCUUGUGUAGAUUGAAAUAUUUUUGAGGUGUUCUAAGCUGUGCUUAUGUUUUAACAGCAGCAAUUGUUCUAGGCAUGUAUCAGCAAACUACAGACUUCUCAGCCAUAUGGCAACAUACCUAUAGUUAAAUGGAGUGUUUCCUACUGUUAAAUGGGGAUUCACUAUAGGUUUUGCUGUAACAAGACCUGAGCUUUGGAGUCUGAGGGGCCCCAGUGGCUUAUCUACAGUAUUAUGAGUUGCAGUUGCAACCAGCCACGGAGCCUAAAGAACAGUACUGUAGGUGACAAAUUAUACCAUACUUGGCCAAAGUCUCAACGAUACUGCGAACUGAACCUCAAAAAGGAACAGGGUUUAUGCAAACCCCACCAAAAUGGAGACAUUUUGGAAGUGUUCUCUUGUUAUUUACGGGCAAUCCUGGUGUGGGGAUGAACUAUCCCAAUUUAAGCAAUAUAAGGGUUGGCGACUCAAGUAUGCCUUUUUUUGUUAUAGUUUUUGUAUUGGUGGCCAAGAGCUUUAAGUAGCCCCUUUGGAUUGUUGGCAACAUAUGAGGACAGUGAGAUUAUAAAUGACAAUGGUAGGGGAUGUACAUCAGAUCAGAGUAUAGGAUCCAAUAAGCAUAUCCAGAGAUGGUUGUAUCAAUACUUCAUCUUGUGGCUCUUCAGUUUCUGUGAAAUGCAGAGGUAGUAUGAAGCAAAAGGUUAUAACUGAAAGAGUUCUCUCUUUAGUGUUGGUGCCGAAACAUUAUAUGAACACAGUUCAUUGUCCAUUUAACACAACACAGUACCAUGUCAAAGACUUUUCCUUAAACUUUUGUUACUAUGUAACUUUUUGUCAGUAACUUCCAUGUUCAAAGUUGACCAGCAUAACUGGUCAUAAUUGGGUGUGAUCCAGGUCUUCCGAAGGACAACAUGUCCCUUAUGUAAAGUCUAGUUUUGCGACAUGGAAAUGCAAUGUUGACUAGUAUUUCUUUCUCAGCACCUGUGGCGUACAGAGUGGAAUUGCAGAAAGAUUAAGGGGUAUAUGAAUAACAUGCAGAUGUGCAGGACAGAUUGCAACUUAACUUAAUUGGUUGUGUAACCUUCCUUGUAUAAAGUAUGUGAACCUGUUUCUGUCUUAUUGACUGUUGCAUUGCUCUUCAUCCUUUUGCAUAUAGGUGUAUAGUUAUUCAUAGGCUUUUUAUAUUGCAUUUGGACAUUUUCUGCUGCCAAUAUCAAUUUUCCGCUUUGCUCACUGGUGCGUUUUAACUGCAACCAUAGCAACGUGUCUAGUGCCCUGUAAAGCGAUUCUCUGUCAGUACAGACUGGUGCCGUCUCGAUAUGUUACAAAGUGACAGAAUGUCACCUGUUAUUUCAUUUUCAUUUCCAUUUACAAAUAAUGUGCACAUAUGUAAUGCUACAGCUUUGUACACAGCUUUCUAUUUUUUCUCUCCUAUCACCAAACUAGAAUCCAAACUGUGUAAAAAAUAUAUGAAAUUUUCUUAAGACAUAGAGUGACCUAAAUGUGUGACAAUAGGUCUAUAUAUGUAAAUUGUAUGUGUAUCAGUCUUCAGUGUGAAGUAAAGAGUGAACCCACAUGGUUCUGUAGCUUUGUCUUUUUUAGCUUGUAACUAAUGUUAAACAUAGCUAAAAAUGAAGACCAUGACUAACAAACUUAAAAUGAAAACUGUCAACUACAACAUAUCAUUUUAUUCUGUUUUAGGUUGAGAAGAUGUUUCUAUUUUUGGCUAGUAAAAAAAACCACUGUAAUAGAGUUUAAAAAAAAUAUUUUCAAAAAUAACAUUGUGUCCAUAGAUAUACAUAUUCAAAAGUCAAAAAAAAUUUUUUAACAAAAAAUAAUAGAAAGGAAAACAAAACAAUAAAGACUAUUUAACAAAGAAGAAAAAAAAAAAAAAGAGUACUUCAGUUUUGCCUAUGGCUAAGUUUCCACUUGUUUUUUUUCUGUCAGUUUUUGGAAAACUGCCACUGCAGCAUUUGAGCCAAAGCUGGAAGUGUAAUCAAAAGGAAUAGGACAUAUAAAGGAAUAACUUAUACUCCUCCCUUAUGGAUCCACUUCUGACUUCGGCUCAAAAACUGCAGUGACAGGACUCCAAAAACUGCCAGAAAAAAAACAAGUGGAAACUUAGCCUAAAAAUAACUUUGGCUAAAAGUACUGUAAUAUAAUGUAUUCAAAAAAUCUUCAGACCCUUUUACUUUUUUUAGAUUUAGUUAUGUUGAUUCCUUGUGCUAAAAUAAAAAAUAAUUUCCCCCCCACAAUCAUUUUGCACUCAAUACCUCGAAAUGACAAAGUGAAAUCAGAAUGUUAGAAAUCUUUGAUAAUUUAUUAAUAAAGCAAAAACUAAAAUAUUGCCAGAAGUACCAUUCAGACCCUUUACUUGGGACUUAGUUGAAGCCCCUUAUCAUUGAUCCCAGCCUCUAGUCUUCUUGGGGAUUAGGCCACAAGGUUUACACAUUUGGAUUUGGGGGUUUCUCUAGUUGGGCUUUUACUGUAUGUAUCUUUCACUGAGAAUAUGAUUCUUCUGGCCAUAAAGCCCAGAUUGGGAAGUGCUGCGGUGAUGGUUGACCUACUAGAAGUUGCUUCAACCUGCACUCAGGAUUUUUGGAGGCCAUUUUCCCCCUGAUUACUUAGAUUGGUGGCCAGCUCUCCGAAGUUUAUUCCAAACUUCUUCCAUGUGACAGUUAUAGACAACUGUGCUCUUGGAAACUUACAGUGCAGCAGAAUAUUUGUUGUACCCUUCUUUAGAGCUGUGGCUCCACACAAUCCUGUCUGUGAGCUCUACAGACAAUUGCUUCCACCUCGUGGCUUGGUUUCUGCUCUGAUAUGCAUUGUCAGCUGUCAGACCUUAUAUAGACAGGGCUGCGUCUUUCCAAAUCACGUCCAGUUAACUAAACUUAGCACAGGUGACUCCAUUCAAAGUAUAGAAACAUCUCCAAGAUGAUCGUGAGAAAUUGGGGCCCCCAGAUCUAAAUUGCAAGUGUCAUAGCAAAGGGUAUGAAUAAUUUUCUGUUUUUAUAUUUGUCACAAUGGGGUAUUGUGUGCAGAAUUAUGGGGGAAAACUUUCAUUUUUUUUAUAGCACAAAGCUACUACAUGACAAGAUGUUAAAAAAAAGUUAAAGGGUCUGAAAUAUUUGCUUGAAGAGUAAAUUCACACAAUGUGGUCAAUUUGAGUUUUUUGCUUUGUGAUAGCAUACGGAUGCAUUUUUACAUCUGUGUUAUGGUCAUUAGUGGCAGGUCAACCAAGGGUUUAAAGAGGUUAUCCCAAGAUCCAAAGUUAUUAACUAUCCAUAGAAUAAGCGACAACUGCUAGAACCAAAGAGGUUCUACCACUGGGACCCCCCCCUGUGAUUACAAGAAUGGAGGACAAUUGAAGUAGCAGCAUGUAUGUUCAUGUGUGAGAAUCAUUUAUCUAUGGGGUUUCCCAUUGCUGUGCCCCUGUAUAUAGAGGAUAACUCUGGGUCUUGGUAUAACUUAUUUGAUGACUAUGUCUUCUCUAUCAGUGUCCAUCAUUCUGAUUGGACUGAAAUAAUAACAUAGAAAAUAAUAGGCAAUAUGUUUUGUUGAACGCCAGUGCAAGAAAUACAUUUAUAUCAUUUGAGUUCCCCACAAGGGACUUUAUCAUGACAUAUAAAAAAAAUACAUAUGUAUUUUUAGGAAAAUCAUUGACAUGACAAAAUUGUUCGACAGGACAUACAGUGAAACCUCUCCAGAAGAAUUUCAUGCUAUGGAGUCCACUUAUUCAUGCUAUAUAAUGCUACUAGAACAAAUGAUGUGGUCAUGUUCUAUGUUGAAUCCAUGUGUAUACUGAUGUAUUCACUUUACUUGAAUUAUGGCCUUUUCUGUACAUGUAUAAGAACAAUCAAAAAUGGAUGCAGAAAUACCAUACUUGGCAUAUGACUAACUCCCCGAUUUCCAUCUAUUGCAUGCCUCACACAUUAUUUAUUUUCUGGUCGAUCAUUUUUGUAAAAAAAAAGAUAAUAAAAAUGGAUAAAAAAAAUAUAUAAAACUGUGAGUUUU